AUGACUAUGGAACUGCAAGAGCUGAGGGACCAGCUGGCACAGCUCCAAUCGGAAAAUGUGCGGCUCCAGGAGAGGCUUGCUGUUCGUGAAACUCCCGCAGACUCUGGUGCCUCCACUUCCACAGACUAUGGAACUACUAGCUCUCGACACCGCACUAAUGGCUCACCAGCUGAACGUAGCCCCACAUAUGGGGGCAGUGACAGCAGCCCAGGAGGUGGGAAACUGCAACCCCCUGAUGUGAGGAGCCAAACGCCAGGAGGGGAGGGCACCGGCUCAUCAGCCCACAGGGCAGCACAAGAGCAAGCGGCCCCAAAUCUCAUUGCCCCGUGUCCUAAGUUAGACGUCACUAUAUUUGGUAUGGUAGUUCCGCAGCGGGGUAUCUUGGUGGUCAAGGAGCCGUUCAGACAGCAAGCUUCAGAUGGGGUAAAGGGUGUGAUAGGCAUGAAUGUGAUUAAGGAGUGUUACUACCAGUUGUUCAGCCAACACGGGUCACACCUUUUUGAUCUCCCUGAGAUACGCCUUGCACCCCCGCUCUGGCAGCGGGCGUUACAGCACUGUCACCGAAUGGAGUCCCAGACUCUCCAGCCAGAGAGGGGAGUGGCUAAAGUGAGAGGCACAGCGUUACUCGAGCCCUUGGAUGAUUGCCAGUCUCUGCAACAGGGUCUGCUAAUCUCACUGGCUAUGGUCAACAUCCACCAAGCACGCCCAGGGACUCCUCUUCCGAACGAGGUGCAACUGGCCAUAAAAUGCACGAGUGUGGCUACUCAAUGCGCUAUGUCAGUCAUCCCUGAGAGGUCAACAGAUCACGUGAAGGUGUUGCAGCAGGCCGAUCCAGCUAUCGCCCCGGUGUUGCCCUUUAUACAGCGGCAGUGUGCCCCAGGAAGAAUGGAGAGGGAGGCACUUGACCCUGCGGCCAGAAGGCCUGACCCAAGUAACCGGAGCCCCGAGCUGUCCGAAACCGGGGAGUGGGCCGCAGAUGGCCUCUGGGUGGUGAGUCGAGAGCCAGAUGUACUUGCGCAUCCAGUCCAGGCUGACGACCCUGCUGUUCGGCCACCAGCCCCACUAGCGGUCAGCUCCGCCCCCGGGUCACGGGUUGGACUCCUACCAGCCCCACUAGCGAUCAGCAACAGUACUUAUAGACACUCCAGUGCACAGGAAGGUAAGCUGCUGUCAGGCUUCACUCGUUCUGCCAGAUCUCGAGUAGCUGCCGGGUCUGGUCUGGGCGUGGUCGUCCCUGGUGGAGGUUUGGUGGCAAAGUCUCACGUCAGUCCCCCUCACUUCUCGUAUGUUUUGGUAUUGUUCCACGCCCUCACUUUCACGUUUCCUUAG